GUAACGGAGGAAGUUUCUAGUCAGCAGCAGCUGGGCUGGGUUUGGAGCCUGCUGCAGAUAGAAGUGCUGAGCGUCUGCUGAUCAGUGUGAGCGCUGGGCUUGGACAGACGAACAGGAACGACACCAGCGUGUGUAUAACAGCCACAUGGACACAGACAAUCAGCAUCACUCAGCACACGGUGACACACUGAUACCGGCAUUCAUGGCUCUGCUGCUGACUAUCCCUGUGACCCCAGGCAUGGAAACAAAGGAAGGAUUGUUGCAUCGACUUUCCAGAAAAAUCUGAAACAUUUCCCUGAAUAUUUGCAUCUGGCAUGAAAGAAAGAGGAGAACGAAUAAUUGCACUAACUGAGGCAGACAGAGGAGAGAAGGAGACAGUGGGAAGAGGCAGGGGAAAGCUAGACACAGGACAGCGGACAGAGAGAUAAGGGGAACAGAUAGGAAGCACAGCAGGGGAAGUUCUUAGGAGAGUGACAGUAAGGGAGAGAAUACGGUAGGUAGAUUAAUAGGGGAAUUAAUAAGGCAGAAGUGAAAGUGAGUGAGAACGUGAAAGGAGUAAUAGAAGAUGAAGAAAGAUGGAAGAUGAGAGAACAGAGUGAUAGAUAAAGGGAAAGAGCCAAAACUAUAAAGUGUGGGAAAACUCUGGCAUUUAGCGUUAGAAAAGAAUAGAGACGGGGCUAAUAAAAGGGAAAGGUAUAAUAAAAGCAGAGAACAGAGAAACUGUAUAUAGAGAACAAAUCAGAGCGCAGGAGAGGCGGUGAGAGGAGAAGAGGGGGGUGCUGUGCUGUAGCUCACCCCCUAACAGGUCCCCCAGUGUCAGCAGCAGAGAGAGAGAGAGGAGGAGAGAUGCUGCUGCUGCUGCCAGGAGACUGACUUCCACACACAGUGAGACUGCCUGAGACUGUCAUCGAGACUGCAGGACAAGGACACAGACAGCUGCAAAGGCAACCCGCAUAGAUAUGUGACUGUGCAUCCGCAGCAAGACAUGACCCCUCAAUCUGUGGAGGACUGCCUGCAGAGUACUCUGUCAUCACUAUACCCUCCCUUUGAGGUGACAGCUCCCACUCUCCUGACCCAGGUGUUCUCUGUGCUAGAGAGGACAUAUCGUGAGGACCCUCUGAGAUACACCCUUGAAUUUCUCAUACCAGCCAAGAGGAUCCUGCAGAUUGUACAACACCAGGCUUGUUCUCAAUAUAGUGGGUUUCUGUUCUUCCAUGAAGGAUGGCCUCUCUGCCUUGGGGAGAAGAUCCUUAUUCAACUUUCUUCCCUUCCCUGGCACUUUUUAAAGACUGGGGAUUUCUACUUGCAAGUGGUGCCGUACUUAGAAUGCUCUCCAAGACUUGUACUUAAGUGCCUUUCCCAAGAUGGCAGCGGUGUCCAGGAGAUUGUGGUUCCUGAAUCCUCCCAUUCCUUUAUUUUCUCUGCUGAGUGGCUUAAUAGUAUCAACAAAGACCGUAGCUCAGUGCGCCUUGAAAAUUGUUUAGCCUCCGUGGAAGAAAAAGUCCUUCGACUAUCAUGGUCUGAGGUCAUUUAUCCACGUUUUAUCCACAAAGAAGGCUUCAUUGUAGGAAGGAAAUGCCCACCAUGCCCUCUACUGCCACCUCUGGAGUGUCGAAGUCCUGGUGAUGGAGGUAUCACGAUUGGAGACUUGGUGGAUCCCAAAUUCAGCACACAUCUGUCAAAUAAUCAAGAAUAUAUUGACAGCUGGAGAGAAGGAGCCUUGUCACCCUUAUUGGGUUCUGUUAAAGACUCUGUAGAAGGGGAGUAUGUGGAACUAAGUCCCCCAAGUUCUGGGUUAUUAGAAAAAUCAGAGAGUCCUAGCGGCACAUGGGCUUCACGGGCAAAGACUGCUCCAAGCAGGAAAGGUAAAAAGAAAGGACACCAGGCUUGGCUGCACCAGAGGAAGCCAGGAAAGUUAGGUUCUUUAAGCACUUUAAAGGGGAGGUCUCAGGAGAUAUGGGACAAUAGAUCAUGCACAGCAAAUGCUGGAGAAAAAACUAAGUCUGGAGCAGAGGGUCACAGUUAUUGGGAUGUUGAUACAAGAAACUGUUCUACUGAGAUUGAUGUGGUGGCUGAAUGGAGAAAGGGUUUACAUUGCCUUCAGAGACAUGAGAAAGACAUAUUUUCGGAGAGACAGAUUUGGGGUUCUUCUGAAACACAAGUAUGGAAUGAUAAGGACUGCUCAAAGCAACAGAGUGAGGGAUCUUGGGAAGCUGAGAGAGCUGUAAAUAGGGACAGUUCUCAGGGAGACGACAAUUUAACAAAGGCACUUAGAGAGUGCUCAUUAAAAGUUGAUAUUCCUAAAGACAAAGAAGAUGUAAUAAAAGACGCAGAAGACAUUUCUGAUGAUUGCCAAAGAGUUUCCCCUGGAGACAGCUUACAACAGUCCGGAGAGAGACAAAGUGAGACAUCCAGAAAUAAUAAUAAUAUAAUUUCUGUUGUCGAUUGCCAAAGUGACUGCCCAUUAGACUUUGUAAAAAAGCUACUUAAGGAAACCAGACAGUCAGUGGAUACACAUGGCAUAGCCUGUCAUUCAAAAGAAUCUUCACUGACCAGGACAAGCAGAACAUGGGCAGAUGGUCAAGAAACAUCAAAUGUACCAAGAGAAGGGGAUAAUGCUAUCGAGGGCUUAAAAGUGUCAUCUAAUGAGCUAAAGCCUCACCCAGGAAAAGGAAAGCAUCACGUUUGGGGACAGGUCACUGAAAUGCCCCAUAAGACUGGACGGGGGAGAAGAAAAAAGAGAAACAAGAGGGGGAGGGGGCUUAUAAGGGUAGAUGCAAGGAAAGUAAUUCACAAGGUGGAACAGCCCAAAGUUAAUGCUAAGCAAGAGGGAACUGAACCUGUCACCCUCUCCAAAGCUGAAGAGGAAAUUAACAGAAAUGAUCUGGAGAUAAAUGACCAAAAACUAUCUGCAGACGUUGUCACACCAGCUGCAAGCGAACUGGAAGAACCAUCCACCUUGGCAGAUACAGAGCCAGAGCCAUCACUUUCCCAGAACCCUUUGCUGCAGUCAUCUUCUAUUUCUGAUUUCAAGUGUCUCCAUAGAGAUGCUAAUUGGGACAUAUUGGAGUCUGGAGUUUUCUGCUUGACUGGAGGACUAGACAGGGACAAGAGAGCGUUGUUGGUUGUAUUUCCAGCCAAAGCAUCAGCAGAAAAUACCCAGAGAGACCUUGAGGAGGCAAUUUUAUAUCUGUACUUUCUUCUCAGGUCUGAUCUCCGUGAUUUGGGCCUGACCCUCCUCCUGGAUCUGCGAGAUUGCACAACCCUCCCUGAGACUUUCCUACAGAUGCUCCAACACAGCAAGGACUCAGUGCAUAAAUGCAUAAACCGCACCUUAUUAGUCUGUGAUACAGAGAACCCUGCUGCAGCUCAGAAUGAUCUUCCCAAUGCACAGGUUGUGUUGACAUCUGAGCUGACACAGUUUGUCGAAGUGGAGGAGCUGCCAGAAAGUCUUGGGGGAAAGAGACCAUAUAUACACACUGAAUGUGUUAGGAGCCAGCAGUCUCUGAGCAGACUCCACUCUUUAUGCGCUGAUGUGCUUCACUCACUGGAGAAGGUGACUCAAGAUGUAGAAGCUGACGUCACUGAGGACAUUCAGUGGUUAAUUACUCAUCACCGAGAUGCCAUGAGGGAAACACUGACAGAUGAGAGACUUCAGAAACUGCAGAGAGAUGGAGGCACUCUUGUAGCAAAACUACAGAAGUCACCAUAUCUGAGGCUUUAUGACCCAUUAACCUUUGACCUUUAUGAGAGGGUAGACGAGGCUCUACAUCGUCUUGUCCAGCUGUCAAACAAGAAGUUGCAGGAGUUGGAAGCACAGCUGGCACCACAAGAUUUCUGCCUCACAGCGACUGAGGAUUCUCAGAGUCUGCUGGAUGCACCGAGGCAUGGAAAUAAGGGAACAGAGAUCCAUGGGGAGACACGAAAGUUAGAGGAGUGCCGUGUGCCAGGUGUGGAGCCAGAAGGUCGCAGGUUAGAGGUUGGCGUUAGGAUCCGUGGUCUAGAAGUUAGUAGUCGGGAACUAGCGGAUCGUACCUGCAGUCCACCCAGAGGUCAUGUUCUUAGUAGAGGUGAUGGAAGAGGGCCAGAUGCUCCUUGGGGAGGAAUUCCAAGACCAGAGGGAAGAAGGUCUCCCCAACGCUUACUGCUAGACCUACUGUGCUCUGAGCGGAGUUACGUGCAGUCUUUGCGGCGGUCUCUGGAGGUCAGAGGGUCGUGUCCGGCUGGCCUGGCCCUAAGAGGGAACCUGGAGCAGCUCCUUAACUUCCACACUUAUUUCCUGAGAGAUCUGCAGAACUGUGUGUCUCAUCCCCUGAAUGUCUCCUACUGCUUCCUGCAACAUGAGGAACAGUUGCGCUUAUACUCCCUGUAUGUGAAAAACAAGCAGAAGGUAGAAUUGUUCCUUCCAUCCCCCAGUGGGAGUUUAAAGGGCAGGAGGAAGGACCAGAAGGAAGAGGAGGAAUCCCGGGGCAUUCUUCAGAGACCUCUGGAACAGUUAGACCAGUACCAGCGCUUUCUGGGAGACAUGAUGCAGGAGUGUGACCAGGACACUGAGCAAGAGCGCCAGUCUCUGCAAGCUGCCCGUGAACUUGUUGGCUCCCUGGUACAUCAUGGGAAAAAUUUGCUUGCUGCAGAAGCCAUUCGUGGAUUUGAGGUGGAUGAGAAAGAACAGGGCCGCCUCCUGCUGAAGGAUGUUUUCACGGUACUAUCUGGAAGAAAGAAAUCCUUGCGACAUGUAUUCCUCUUCCAGAAACUUAUGCUUCUCAGCAAACUAAAGACAGCGGAGGGAGGCUUGGAGACAUAUGGGUUCAAACAAGCUUUUAAGACAGCAGACAUGGGCCUCACGGAGAAUGCUACAGAGGGAGACACGCGGAUUGAGCUCUGGUUCAGGCGUCAAAAAUCUCGAGAGACAUUACUUUUGCAAGCAGAGACCUCUAGUGUGAAAGAGGCCUGGACUAAUGAGAUCACAAAACUGCUGUGGGAUCAGGGCGGACUCAGCAGAGAGCACCGAGUACAGGAUACAUCUACAAUUGGUUCAAGUCACCGUUCUUUUCUAGAUAUUAAGGCUGGAUUUAAUGCAAUAAGCGAGAGAACUGUGAGUGCUCUCCUGACAGCGAGAGGUUCCCGAACCCGUGCAUCGGUACCACUCACUUCCUGCGAGCACAGUUCUCCACCAUCAUCCCUUAGCCUUGCACUUACAUCAUGGCCAAGUCCUCGGAGGCUGCGUUCACCUGGAGGGGUUUCUCUUCCAGACAAAAUAAGCGAAGAGGGAGGUGAAACAGGUGGUCCAGUGUACCUCAAAUCAGUCUCACCAAUUAUGGAAGGAGAGAAGCCAAAGGAUGUCACCAUCAAACCGAUUUUUCCAUCCACUUCUGUGUAAAGAAAUAAGAUUUUUGAAAGGUCAUAAGAAAUAGAAAUCGCCCUUUCAGUGCCAUAACCACUGACAUUGAGGACAACAUAUUCAUCAUGUCAGUUACCUCAGCAGAUGACGGUGCUAAAACAGAAGACAUUAAUUUGCACAAUGAACCAAAUACCACGUUACGGACAUGACAAACAGAAUGACAGUGGUCAGCCCCACUCUGGUGCACGAAACGGUUCCGGCCAGACAUCUUUACGAAAUGACGGACUAUGAAACUCGAGGGUGACUCUGUACCAGUGGCAUCUCUCAGAAAGCCUGUGGCUAUUCCAUCUCAGUUAACUGGUGAAGCAGCAACCUACAUGGACAUCUCAGCCUUUUAACCUGUUACUGCAUUACAAGGGACUCAGUACAUAGACUACUGAAAGUUACUGUAGAUGGUGGAGAAGCUGUCAGUCUGCAGAGGAAGAAUGAGCACGGACCCAAUAUCAGGGGGUUUAUAAGACUAGGCCGCGUUCUCUACAACAGUCACCAAAAUGCCAUGGACAUAUUUAACUGCAUCUAUUUUAGAAAUAUCAGUAUUAUCAGACAUGAAUGUAUUUGGUUAUCCAUUUAUACAAGUGGCAAAAUGCAAAAAAAAAAAUAAUACCUACUAGUUAUAAUGAAACCAAUAUAACAUAACAGUGUGUAAUCUAAGUAUAACCUGGUAUGUCAGCUUUAUAACAUAUCUAUUAAUACAUUUCUCAUUAAUAACUAUGCCUGCGCCAAAUACUUUGGGGUUAGUAUUUCUGGCAGUAUAAAUAAAGCAAUAAUACAGGAUUGAUACCCUAAUGGUACUUACUAGGAAAGCUAUAGAAACAUAUCACAUUACAGCUCUGACUUGAAAUACUCUGGCGUGAUAUUUUUAAUACCAAGGAAUAUAUAAGGGAUGAUGUCAGAAAUGAAUAACUAUGCACCUACAGCAUAUGAACAUAUAUAUAUAUAUAUAUAUAUAUAUGCUUAACUGGAUUAAAAGAAGAAACUGGAGACCCAUAAGAUACAAACUGGACUAUUUUAUAUAUAUAUAUAUAUAUAUAUAUAUAUAUAUAUAUAUAUAUAUAUAUAUAUAAUUGUUAUCAGGUUCCAGUGGUUAGUAAUAAACAUGACACCUAUUUCAGUUAUUGUGCCUUUGGCAGAAAUCUCUGGCCUUCCUUUCAGAGCUUGCACUUUUUUUAAGCAAUGUCAGUUUUCUCCUGAUAAACGUAUAGUAGUAGUGUGGUGUAUGUUAUGCAGAGGGAAGCUCAUGUUUUGUGUGAUGUUUGUAUGUGACACUCUAAAACCACAUUCCCUUUUGUCUGCCCUUCCACGUACAGUAUUCUUUCUAAAUGCAAUAGACAGGGUCUAACCUGUUACGUGGCGAUCAAUAAAACCUGCCUGGCAGGCUGAGGGAGAAGCAUUUAUUGAUUGUAUCUUUGCUACAGGAAUGAAUGAGCUUCAGAGAAAAGAAAGGAGAGAAUCUGCACAAAGCAGUGUCGCUACAGUAGUUCAGAUGGACAGGGCAUGUAUUCAUCUCUGAAACCUCCUAUAGGGUUAUGGGCCUGAUUCAAACGUGCACGUAAUUGCAAGCGCAGCUGCGAUAUUGUACAUGACGAACUUGCGAAAAUAUGCUAAUGACUCAGACGCUGUAUUCCGCACAUAAGUGCCCACUUUCUGCGCCUCACAUUCCCUGCUUACAUACAAAAGCGGAAACAGCGGUUGCACCAUGGAAGUUCUGCGCAACCCUAUGCUGUAUUAGAAUGAGCAUCUCACCUAAGACACCUGAGUCUCUUCAGCUGCAUACGAAUUUGCAGUGGCUGACUAGGAAACAACCAGAAAACAGUCCCGACAUGUCUAGGUUUUUCUAACCACCUUGUUACCUCACACAGAAAAAAAGAAUGUAGAUUCACUCUCCAAACAUUUUGCAAUUCAACGUCACGUAAAAGUGAGGUUCUUUGCAUAAUUUUGGCCAAAUGUAUGGGCUUACCCACCACGUCCAGGUGACCUCAUCAUCAGGUAGGUCCCUAACAUUCUAAAGGUCCAAGUCCAGAACGAAGGACAACCAGACCGCCCCAAGGCACCACAGUAGUGAGAGAUAGCAGGUAAAACCCUGUUACCUCCCCCCAAAUGCUGUCAAUCAUUUUGCAAAUAAACCUCCGUGUGGUUGCUGUCGCUAAUCCAUCGCCCUGCGUGCAUAUUACCGCUUUAGAUGAGUAGCAAAGUAUCGCUUCGCUGCGUCUGCAGUCAACAUUGUGUGCACGUGUGAAUCGGGUCCCCUAUGUGGUACACCUAUUUGUAAUUCGGUAUCAUAUUCAUUUUUUUCCUUAAUGCUUGUUGCGUGUUACAUUAUGGUACAUUCCUAACGCUGUUUGUUAGAUGAUGGUGCAAUCUAUGCCUGACAAUUAUUUGGGAUGGUACAAUCUUUUCUUAGGAUGGUGCAAGUCUCUGCCAUUUCUUUGGGAAGAAGUGGUCGAAAUUGUCCCUCUGCUUUUACUAUGAAAUUGUACAAUCAUUGUAAGUAUGGCUCCUGUUGUUAUGAAGUGGUACAAAUUUGCUUUUUCUCUUAAUGGCAAGAAGUUGUGCAAUCAAUACCGUCCGUGGUACAGUAGAUUUGUUUCAGACUGUACCAGAGGAUAUAAAGCCAGAAUUUAUAUGUGCUUGAAGUAUUAGUCUUAUAUGUUCAUGCCAAUAUCUGUAUCACACAUCCUUUAUGUGCGUUUUCUGAUUUGCUUCUUGUCUACCCUGUGUAUGGUCUAUUGUUUGUCUUUGGCACAUUUUUUCAUGAUUAAACAUAAAGCUGUAACCGUUA